CUUUUCUUCUUGUCUCUCCCCACUGUAUAAAUGCUCAGUAUGAAUCAACUCGAAAACAAGAGUCCACCAGUAGGCUUUCAAAAUCUUCACCCUGGGAAUCGCUGAAGCUGUUUUGUGCAGGAGGCAUUGCUGAGAUUCCCCUUGCAGCAAUGGACUUGGAUAAACCAUCCGUCUGGGGAUCCCUGAAGCAGAAAACUAGACCGUUCCUGCAGAACCUAAGCGUGAAGAAGACAAAGAAGAGGGCUAGCAAAAUGGUAGAGAGGAAGGUCCACUCCUUGGACCGACGGCUCAGCGUGUCGGUGCCUGACAUGCUGGAGGUGGAGACUCUUACGGAAGAAGAAACGACUUAUUCGAGCGCUCAGGUGUUGUCAAGCUGCUCCCCUAAGAACUUCUCCAGGUCUGUGGUGUCCCUGAAAAGCAGAAGCGCUUCGGUGAGGCCGGUGGGAGAGGACUGGCCGUGGACGUCGCAGCAGGCGACGCGCACGGAGGUGACAGUCACCCACCUGGACGCGCAAGUGGCGGGCAGCCCUGUGUCCGAGGGGAAGAGGAAAUCCAGCGAUGACCUCUUCGAGCUGCUGCAGAGCGCCCGCCUGAGCGCUGCUCUGACGGACGAGAGGGCAGAGUACCCAUGUGGAGAAAUGGAUCUAGACUCUUCCGUAUCGUCUCAAAUUUUUGAUGAUCAGAUGGCUCUAGAGGAAGCAAACGAUUGCCUGAGUGACCUGCCCAGCCCCUUUGCCUACCUGCUGACCAUCCACCUGAAGGAAGGCCGGAACCUGGUUAUCAGAGAUCGCUGUGGUACAAGUGACCCAUAUGUGAAAUUUAAACUGAAUGGGAAAACUCUAUACAAAAGUAAGGUAGUCUACAAGAACCUCAACCCAGUUUGGGAUGAAACUGUUGUGCUGCCUGUACAGACCCUUGAUCAAAAACUCUGGAUCAAGGUGUACGAUCGAGAUUUAACCUCUUCCGACUUCAUGGGUUCGGCAUUUGUAGCACUCGCUGAACUUGAACUCAAUAGAACUACUGAACAGGUUUUAAAACUGGAAGAUCCCAACAGUUUAGAAGAUGACAUGGGAGUGAUUGUAUUAAACUUGAGUCUAGCAGUCAAGCAAGGAGACUUCAAGAGAAAUAGAUGGUCAAGUCGGAAGAAGCGAACUUCAUCCAAGUCAAGUUUCAUGCGGAGCAUGCGACUCUCCGACUCUUUGCGCAAGAAUCAGUUGUGGAACGGGCUGGUCACCAUCACGCUCUUGGAGGGGAAGAACAUCCCCGGAGGGGGCUUGGCAGAGAUUUUUAUUCUCCUCAAACUGGGAGAUCAAAGAUACAAGAGUAAGACACUGUGUAAGAGUGCAAAUCCUCAGUGGAGGGAACAGUUUGAUUUUCACUACUUCUCUGACAGGAAGGAUAUGUUGGACAUUGAGGUCUGGAGAAAGGAUAACAAAAAGCAUGAGGAACUUUUGGGAACGUGCCAAGUUGAUGUUACUGCCCUGCCGAUGAAACAGACCAAUUGCUUAGAGCUGCCUCUGGAAAAACAUCCGGGGUCCCUGCUAAUGCUGAUUGCUGUCGCCCCGUGUACAGGAGUGUCUAUCUCCGAUCUGUGCGUCUGCCCUUUGGGAGACCCCAGUGAACGGCAACAGAUUUCACAGCGCUAUUGUAUAAAGAAUUCCUUUCGGGACAUGAAGGACAUUGGCUUCUUGCAAGUCAAAGUUUUAAAGGCAGUGGACCUGUUGGCAGCAGAUUUUGCAGGUAAAAGUGAUCCUUUCUGUGUAUUGGAGCUGGGAAACGACAGUCUUCAAACACACACCGUUUACAAGAACCUCAAUCCAGAGUGGAACAAAGUUUUCACAUUCCCUAUUAAAGAUAUUCAUGAUGUUCUGGAAGUGACAGUGUUCGAUGAAGAUGGAGAUAAACCCCCUGAUUUUCUUGGAAAAGUUGCCAUCCCUUUGCUGUCUAUUAGAAACGGUAAACAAAGUUGUUACACGUUGAAGAAUAAAGACUUGGAACGUGCUUCAAAAGGAGUAAUUUACUUGGAGCUGGAUGUCCUAUUUAAUCCUGUAAAAGCAAGUAUUAGAACAUUCAAGCCCCGAGAAAAGCGCUUUACUGAGGAGAACCGCAAAUUUUCUAAAAAGAUCUUAUCAAGAAAUGUUGAUCGCCUGAAAAAAAUCACCAUGGCAAUAUGGAAUACAAUACAAUUCCUUCGGAGCUGCUUUCUCUGGGAGUCCACGGUAAAGAGCGUGAUAGCAUUUGUGGUAUUUGUGGUCACCGUCUGGAGCGUGGAACUGUACAUGGUGCCCCUGGCUCUGCUGGUGCUCUUCGCAUACAACUUCUCCCUCGUCACAACAGGGAAGGUCAACAACGCCCAAGAUGCCCAGGAGCUUAUGGGCUUGGAUGAAGAUGAGGAUGAAGAUGAUAAGGAAUCUGAGAAAAAGGGGUUGAUUGACAGAAUCCACAUGGUCCAAGAGAUCAUCAUAGCUGUUCAAAGCAUCCUAGAAGAAAUAGCAUCGUUUGGAGAGAGGAUUAAAAACACGUUCAACUGGACGGUGCCUUUCCUCUCUGUUCUGGCCUGCUUGGUCCUGGCAGCAGCAACAGUCAUUUUGUAUUUUAUACCACUGAGGUACAUUGUUUUAAUCUGGGGCAUAAAUAAAUUUACUAAGAAGCUUAGAAAUCCUUAUGCCAUCGACAAUAAUGAGCUACUAGAUUUCCUCUCCAGGGUACCAUCUGAUGUUCAAAAGGUGCAGCAUGCUGAAUUGAAACCAUACAGCAGCUCCAGUCCUAUUAGGAAGAAGCGGAGUGCGCUAUAGGAUGCAGGACGAUUUCAGAACGCGGCAUCUCCCUCCGUACCUGCUAUGUGUGCACACAUGCUUCCCCCCUCCCCUUCUUGGUUCAGAACAACACUAUAAUCACUGCCACAGACUUUUUUUUUUUUUUAAGACAUGGUUUUUG